CAUCACAAGCGCUUCUCAUCAUCAUCAUCAUUAUCAUCAUCAUCAUCAUUGUUACUGUGAAAGAAAGUGGACAUUUUUAGCCCAGCGAUUUUUCCUCCGUUUUCCUCCUGCUCGCUUCUGUAUUUGAUAUCAGUCUCCUUUUCCUCUCCUUGCAGGGAAGCGAUGAGUUGGGUUCUGGCAUGCAUUGUGUGUUUGUUCAUCUUUGAUGCUUCGAAAGCUGAGCGCUGAGGACGUGGUGAUUGUGGUGAUCGUGGUGACGGUAGUGGUGGUGGUGGUCGUCGCCAUAUUAGGGUUUAUACAGUGAUUUUGCGAUACAUGAAAUGUUAGAAUAUUAGCAAGAGCGCCAAAGAAAAGGGAAAAAUUAUUAAAUUGCUACCCCAUUACUGCAUUAUGGGAAGGAAUGUGGUGCAGCGUUAUUCCCAGUAAACUGAAUUAGAGGAAGGAAUAAAUUGGAACCAAUCGAUUAACAACAAUGCAUACUCAAACUUCCUAUUUCCGUUUGACUUUAUAUUGUUUCUUUAUUGUGGCAGCGUAUCUCUUGACAACAAAACAACGACCCCGGCCUCCUAUCACCUUGCCUGUACCCACUCCAGCAUCAACAACCGCGCCAUGCUUGCCUCGCGAUCUACCACAGCACCUGGCCACCUCUGCUACCCUAGCCUCGCGCCCCUCCCGGCCCGCUUCCUUUCCACCACUCACUACUGCCACGCCAGACCUGCAGUGCCGUGGUAUGUUCACUACUGGAAAUGGAGACCAAGAUACUGUCAUGGUUUCCGAUGACUACUACUGGGAACUAAGUCGCAAGCUGUCCCCACUAUUAAUGCAAGAUGUGACUGACGCAUCAUCCAAUAUCCUGGGCGUUCACGCCUUUAGUGGCACUAGACUGCAGCUCAUGAACGGCUCCUUGCCUUACCUCCCCUGCACGGUGCGUUUGCAUUCACCUACAUCUAUUCAUAAAUAGCUUUAGUAUG